UAAACUUAUUAAACACUAAAAUGUCAAACAACGCCACUGCCCCCCCUAACUUAGACCACGCUCCCGCACAAAUGGUUGGUGGCAUGAGAGUCAAGCAAUCUGCUCGUCGUACUAGUCUUACCGGUGACAAGAAGGAAGCUACCAUGUCUAAUAACGAAGAAAACCGUGACAGCGAUGAGGAGAGAGAGGAAGAAGAAGAAGAACGUAUGCGUCAACGUGCUCUUCAAGAAAGACAAGCUCAAGAUAUGCAAGCUCAUACUGCCUCUCGUCAACCCGAUGUCUCUAAGAAUGCUGGCUCCAACGUCAAGCAACAACAUGUCCAUACCAUUCAACCCAGAUCUAUGAACCAUUAAGCUUUUAACAAAUAAUUAGUGCACGUAAAUCCCCCCAUACAGCUGUAUGAUUAUAAAUAGUAAAUAAAUUAUAUGUACAUUAUGCCUCUUGAA